AUGACACAAACGAAACACCUUCAAACGCUCCUGCAACCCCGUGAGAAUACUCCACUGGCAUGGAAGACUCUGGAUAAAUGGCUCCCUCCUUUGUUGAACGACAGCGACUGGUGGUGGAAGACUCUCGGCCCACAACUCAACACCCUCCUCACAGAAGCGGACUAUGAUUUGAACGAGCAGUACGAAGCUCUACUGUUGUUGUACCGAUGGGUCGUUCCGGAAAUGGGACCCAGGCCACGGUCAAGCAUAGCACCCUGGAAGAGCUUCAUGACUGAUGACCACUCUCCCAUUGAGUAUAGCUGGAAAUGGAACUCUGGAAGCAAGAAGCCCGACAUUAGAUACGCCAUUGAGCUCGUCAGUCCCUUAGCUGGAAGUAAGCAAGAUCCAUUCAAUCAAAUCCCGACGCGGAAUCUUGUUUACAACCUUGCCAAAACUAUUCCCGAACUCGAUCUAACCUGGUUUGAACAUUUCUGGGAUGAGUUGCUAGGUCCUGGGUCUCCAACCACGUCCACCUCUGGAAUUUCGACAAAGGGUUCAACUAUUUUUGCGGCCUUGGAAAUGCUGCACGAUCACUUGUCUAUCAAAGUAUAUUUCAUACCAGUUGAGACACCAGAGCUCAGUGCGUGGCACCAGAUAAGACAUGCGAUUGAAACCUCAGGAUGUCAAAAUCUCGAGGCUUUGAACCAUGUGGAAGCAUAUCUCUCUAAACACGACGACGGAAGACGACUUCGACCCUUCAUGCUGGCAAUAGACUGUGUCGAACCCGGUGCUUCACGGCUCAAGAUAUACGCAAGGUCCAACCAAACUUCUUUCCGCUUUGUCCGAGACGUUAUGACUGUUGGUGGACUUCGCACCGGUUUGGAUAAAUCUCUAGAGAGGUUUGCCGAUUUGUGGAAACGUGCACUUGGUCUCGACCCUGAUACAUCACCUGAAGACGAGCUACCCAACGUGGAUCAUCUGACUUCUGGGGCGGUAUUCAACUUUGACGUCGCACCGAAAUCUUCUAUUCCCGACGUCAAGGCGUAUAUACCAGUUCGACACUACACCAAUAACGAUCUUCAAGCUGCACUUGGGCUUGUCGGGUAUCUUGAAGACCACGGUCAUGGGUAUUACUCGCAAUCGUAUCUUCGUGCAUUGGAUGUGUUGGCGCCGCCUGGUCAGCUUGACCAAGCCACUGGGGUUCAGACCUACUUCGCAGUUGCGUGUCAGGGCGAUGACCUGUCCCUCACUUCAUACUUGAAUCCUCAAUUUUAUGCAGCAUUUCGAGAACCCGAAAGUACAUAG